AUGUACUUUGGCACUCUUGGUCUUAUUUUACAUGAAUGCGGCCAUAAGUUGUCAAUAUUCAGCAUUAUCAAGCAAACGGGUGCCCUAGUUUUAAUUUAUUUAAGCGGCAUUGAAAGCUUUUUAAAACCUUUUGCUGACAAAGCUUCUAGCCCUAAUCUUCAUGCUGUGUUCAACUCUCCCUACAGUAUCAAAAAAUCACCCCAACCACUAUAUCUCAUCUGCAAGCAACUAUUCAAUUCAUACUAUAGCUACAAUGCUAAAAAUGCCGAUCAUUCAAUCAGUUAUUAUCUUACUGCACGAAAUACACAACCAAUGCUGUUGGUCAUAUGGGGACUAUUUGGAACUGCUGUCGGUGCAGGAGUCAUCAAUAACCCAGCAGCAUUUAUCACCGACUAUCAUACCGGUGCUGGAUACCUAGGCAUGGUUGCUAUGUGCGUGUUUACUGGCCUCCCACUUCUUUUGGCAGGAAUCUUGGGCCCUACGUUUAGAUCCAAACUUCCGCAGGCUACAUCUAUUGCUGCAUUUGCUAAAUGGCGGUUUGGUGCAGAAUUUGGUAUAUUAGUUACGAUUGUAUCUCUCAUUACCAUGGCUACUACUCUUGCCACUGAGCUCCAAUCCUUGUCAAAUAUGUAUAUCCAAGUCCUUGGUUUACCAUUUGAAAAGCGAUCUGGUCCAAUUAUAUGUGCGGGAACCAUACCAUUGUUGUAUAUUCUGAUGAAUGGCCUGUCAGCAAGUAUGAGCUCAGUGCAGUUUCAGUCCUUGUUUGCCAUGCUGAUUUUCAUGUUAACGUUGCUGUACUUGGGUGCCGUGUUUCGACCUGGAGAUAUGGAUGUUAUUCCAGCGUAUCUAGAUACCACAGCAAAAGGACAAGCAUCAUUUAUCAGUCUUGGUAGUCAAUUGACUUCCUCGGCCAUGUUUUCGGACGCCAUGUGGCAACUGGUAUGGUCGGCUCAAUCGGAUGCAACGAUCAGGAUCAGCUCGAGCGUUGCAUGCAUACUGGCAUCAAGUGUUACUUUUAUAUUCAGUAUUUUUAGUUUUUUAGCUGGAUGGCUUGGUCUGGUUACGCACUCAUGGGAUGCUACUUCAUCGACAUCCAAUUCAGGCAUUGCAUUUUUUCAAGCAUUGCGGAUGGCUACUCCAAAAAAUGAUCCACAAUUUACUCCAGUUGGUCCAGCAUGGCUUGCAACACUUAUUUGCAUGGCUGGUACAGCUCUUAAUGCCUCAUUUGUCAGUGCAUACCAAGUCGGUCUUGUGAAUACUAUCACGAGCGUGGUUCUUGUUCGUGGGUUUUGUCCGAGCACGCAUCUAGCUCGAUUUAUUCUUUUAGCUGUUAAUAUUCCCAUUAUUGUUGCAUCAGUAGCUUUAAUUGAUGUAGCAGCUUGGGCAUGUUGCGCACGACUCAUUGCAACAUGUUUCUUGGCUCCGACACUUAUGGGUAUGCUCGAAUCACUCGAUAAAAUUGCCACAGGUGCAUCGGCUAUAUUCGGGGUUCUUUCCUCACUUUUGUGUGUAUUCAUCUAUGCAUGGACCAAAGUAACUGAAAAAAAAGAACUGUCAUCAAGUGCAUACGAUGUAUUUUUUCAUUCCAAAACAGUUUGGCAGCCUCAUGCUAUUGCUCUGAUUGUAUCUGCAGUUGGGAUGCUGCUGUAUGCGUUGGUAGAUAUUGGUGUUCGAUCCAUGUAUGGAUGGACACUUCCUGAUGCUCCAAAACCAGAAGAAAGCCCCGCCGAAGACAAAAAACCCGAAUAA